CUUAAAACUGACUUCUUUGCCAAGGUUUUUUUUAAACUUACGUAAUUUACUAAAUACUUUUGUGCUAAAGAAGUGAGACUAAAAAUCUCAAAAUGGGAAAGCACUUUGGUGAAUUAGCUAAAAUAAGGGGACUUAUUACUUAUAAGUUGUCUCAUCAUGAGCAACGUGCGUACGCUGGUGCCAUAUCUCAUGGUAUCCCUAAUAUCUUUCGACGUUUCCGCGAAAAUGUGUUCAGGGUAGCCCCACCCUUCAUUGUCGCCUACUUGGUGUAUGAAGGUGUUGAAAGGGAACAUCAUCGUCUCUCGAGGAAGAACCCAGCUGACUUUGAAAAUGAUCAAUAAAGCUUGAAUAUUGUAUAAUGGAAUGAACCAUAAUUCCAUU